UUGGGUGCCGGUGAAAAUCAGUCCUACACAUUUCCAAUAUGUCAGGUCGUAAGAAGCCGCGAGCUGUAGCAAAUCCUCUGGACUCGACCAUUACAUCUCCGAGUGAGAGAAUACUGAAAGAAUGCCACACUUUAUAUAUCGACAACGGCAACGGAUUGGUGAAAAUUGCAGAGAGUUUGGGAGUGAGGCUGUUACCUCCUCGGAAAAAGAUUAUAGUUAUGAUUAUGGGGAACCAUUCUGCUGGAAAAAGCUCCUUCAUUAACUGGUAUGUGGAGGAGCACAUACAGAAGACAGGUGUUGCCAUUGAGACACAAGGCUUCACAUUUAUAACUAGUGGCAGAAAACGAGAGUCACUAACAGGAAAUGCAACAUUACACCUCUACCCGCAUUUCAGACCUCUGCUGGAGUUCAAAGGUGUCACAGAUUACCUGAACGCUGAGAUUUCCACCUCCAAACAGAAGAAAUUCAACCUGGUGACGUUUGUGGACACUCCAGGGUUGGUGGAUGGAGAUAUGGUGUACCCUUUUGAUGUCAACAGUGCCAUCACCUCUUUUGGUGAGCAGGCAGACCUCAUCUUUGUGUUUUUUGACCCGAUGGGACAAGCGUUGUGCAAGCGCACAUUGAACAUUGUUGAGAAGCUGAGUGAAAAGUGUGGAGACAAACUGCGCUUUUACCUGAGCAAAGCUGAUGAGGCUGGACGGGAAACGGACAGACAGCGAGUGAUGAUGCAGAUUGUUCAGGAGCUGUGCAGAAGACCUGGACUCAACAAAUGUGGCUUUGAAAUGCCCACGAUAUACAUCCCCAACCCUCAAAAACCCAGCAGAUGCAUCAACCAGAUUGAUGAGGUUUGUGAGACCAUUGAGAAGAGCAUAAACCAGGCAGUGCAGAAAACACUUGACCAGCUGGAGAAAGACUGUAACCUGAUCAUCUCUACCAUCAACCAUACUCUAGAACAGGACCGGAUGAAUGUGAGCAGUAAUAGAAGCAAUCGUUUUAAUUCCUUCCUGUGUGGAGUUCUGGGAAUCUUCCUUCCGUCACUCUUCAUCCUCAGCUUCAUCAUCAGCACUUUCGCUCCAGAGGAACUGGACACUCUUGUUGGAGAGGGAUUGGCUAAAACGCUCAACCUUUCCACAGGAAUAGUCGUGUAUCUGUGGGACUGGAUUCCUGAAGAUUGGCAGAUAAUGUUUGUGAUCAUCUUCGGUGCUCUGUGCUACUUUAUGCUCUUUCUAGCCAAGUAUUUUGCACGUCAGGGCAGUAAGACGAUAACUAAGAGAGAGAAGAAGAAACUGGCAGAGUACAGCGAUUACAUCCAGGAUGUCGUCAAACCCAAGAAGCGCAAACUGUAUGAGGAGUAUCUUCGCCAGUGUGCUGCAGAAUAUGAUUUCUGAAGGGAGCUGGCAUGACAGCCGUCGGUCACAUCAGAGUCGUCUGAAUAAUUCAUAGAAAGCACAUCCAUGUGUGAAAUGCUGAUGUAGUUUCAUAUUU